AUGGAUAAGGACUGCACAGAAUCAGGUCUCACGUGGCAGGUGAGGGCCAACCAACGUUGCUACCACAAGCGGCAGCAGAAGAAAUCCUUCCUGGGCUUUUGUUGGGGCCGGUGUUCAGACAACCAGGUGCGCAGCUAUAAGUACUCCGUCUUCACCUUCCUGCCGCUGACGCUGUUUGAGCAGUUCCAGCGAGCCGCCAAUCUCUACUUCCUCUUCAUGAUGGCGUUGCAGUGCGUCCCCAUCAUCUCGUCCAUCCAGUGGUACAUCUCCAUCAUCCCACUGAUCCUCAUUCUCUCCGUGAGAGCCGUGAAGGACCUCAUUAACGACAUGGGGAGGAGACGCAGCGACUUUGAGGUCAACUCGCGACCGUGUGACGUGCUCAUCUCCCAGAGUUUCAGUCCGGCACAGUGGAAGGAUCUGUGCGUGGGAGAUAUCGUGCGCAUCCACAAAGACCAAACCAUCCCUGCAGACGUUAUGCUCCUCUGCAGCUCCGAGACUCACAGUCUGUCCUACGUGGAAACGGCUGACAUUGAUGGCGAGACGAACCUGAAGUAUCGACAGGCUCUCGGUGCGACGCACGACGAGUUGACGUCGGAACCCUCAGAGUGCGUGGUGUGCUGCGAGGAACCCAAUGAUGGCAUGUACGCCUUCAGAGGGCAGCUGCACUGGAGAGGGGAACGUUUCCUGCUGGACAACGAGCACCUCCUUCUCAGGGGGACCGUCCUACGAAACACGCAGAUCGCCUACGGUUUGGUCAUUUAUACCGGUGCCGACACGAAGAUCCUGAGGAACUGUGGGAAAGUGCGAGCGAAGAGAACUCGCUUGGAAAGUAGUCUCAACAGAGUGGUGAUAGGGAUCGUGGUGUUCUUGCUGCUGGUCGUUCUUCUUCUGGCCAUUGCCUGCGGGGUGUUUGCAAGCCGGGUCAUGAUCCGCACAGAGGUUCUGUCAGCUCUGGUUAUCAACGGUGACCCGGUAUACACGGGCUUCCUGGUCUACUGGAGCUACUUCAUUCUGCUCGGCCCGGCCGUGCCCAUCAUGCUAUACGUCACGUUUGAGUUGAUUCAUACAUUCCACAGCAAGUUUAUUAAUUGGGAUUUGGAAAUGUACUGGCCUCAGACAGACUGCCCAGCACAGGCCCGGAACACUUCCCUGUGUGAGGAGCUGGGCCAAGUGGAAUACCUGCUGAGUGACAAAACUGGAACCUUGACCCAAAAUCGUCUGCUCUUCAGGCAGUGUUGCAUAGCCGGGGAGAUCUACGGUGAUGCAUCAGUCAGGGCAGAGGACACCGAGCCGAUGGACCUCACCUGGAAUCCGUUCUCCCGUGGCGGUCUGUUCAUGUGGGCCCCCACCCUGGUGGAGCGUCUCCGAGCACAACAGUCUCCGACGAUCAGGCGGUUCUUCACCGCACUGACUGUGUGUCAUACUGUCAUGGCCCAGUGGAAAGAAGACGUUCCAGUUUACCAAGCAGCAUCUCCAGAUGAGGAGGCUCUUGUCGGCGCCGCCAGGGAGCUGGGCUGGGUCUUCUUGUCCAGAAGCAGAGACGUCAUGGUUGUCUCCGAGAUGGGUGUCACGCGUCACUAUAAGCUGCUGGCGUUGCUUGACUUUACCAGUCAGAGAAGACGGAUGUCAGUUUUGGUCCGGGACCCGGAGGGGUCGUUAAAACUGUACUGUAAGGGAGCUGACAUAGUGAUAUUGGAGAGGCUGCAGAGGGACUGUCCGCAUCAGGAGAGCACUGAACAAGCCCUUGAGCUCUUUUCCCAGGCUUGUCUGAGGACCUUGUGCAUUGCUGUUCGAUCGGUUUCCGAGACGUCAUGGGAGCAGUGGAGUAAAACUCUGGCUCGGGCUGCUGCCAUGGCGACCUUCGACCGCAACGCCCUGCUGGAGAAGCUUUAUGAUGAGAUGGAGCAAGAUCUCCAGCUUCUAGGUGUUACAGCCAUAGAGGACCGACUCCAGGAAGACGUUCCUGAGACGAUUUCUCUCCUAAAACAGGCCGGGAUUAAAGUAUGGGUGCUAACAGGGGACAAAAAAGAGACGGCAGUCAACAUUGGAUAUGCAUGUAAACUACUGGAUCCCGACACGAGAUUACUGGAAUGGCAGGAGUUGAGGCAGAUCCUCCAAUCGCCAGACCCUGUGGUCCAUUUCCUUAAGAUCAAACAGACAGAUCUGUGGGCUGUUGAAAAGGAAAAGGCUGGAGUACAGACUGCAGUGGUCCUGACUGGUCCUGAGCUUACAGAGUUUGACCAGAGACCAGAGUGGGGCGCCAAGUUCAUGAACCUAGCCCAACAGUGUCACACAGUGUUGUGCUGCCGGGUGACACCUGGACAGAAGGCGGACGUUGUUAAUUUGGUCAGGAAGCACACAAGCUCCAUCACGCUUUCCAUCGGUGACGGCGCCAAUGAUGUAAACAUGAUCAAAACGGCUCAUGUCGGCGUGGGACUGACAGGAGUGGAGGGAGGUCAAGCAGUACAGAACGCAGACUUUUCCUUGUCCUCUUUCAGAUUCCUGCAGAGGUUGCUACUGGUCCACGGGCGCUGGUCAUACCGGCGCAUCUCCCUGUUCCUGCGCUACUUCCUAUUCAAGACCUGUAGCUUUGCACUGGUGCACCUGUGGUUUAGCAUCUUCAACGGCUUCAGUGCUCAGUCUAUGUAUGAGACAUGGUUCAUCGCUUUUUACACUGCCUUCUACACAUCAUCCCAGAUUUUGUUUGUGGCCUUCUUUGAAAAGGAUGUGAGUGCAGAGAACAGCCUGAAGUGGCCUGAGCUGUACAAGUGUGGACAGAGGCAGGAGCUUUCCGGGCCCCUGGUGUUGUUUGCUUCAUUGGUGUACGCUCUCUACGCUUCAUUUGUUCUCUUCUUCGUUCCUUGUGGAGUCUACUACAACUCUGCCGUCGACUACCAGACCAUGGCGGUCACUGUGUCCAUGGGAGCCGUAUUUACUGCCAACAUAGAGAUGGUGUUGUUGACCAGAAACUGGACAAAGUUCAACAUAGGAGCCUUGUGUGUUUCUUUGCUGCUCUACUUCAUCUGCUCCAGGAUCACACACAGCAAGUUCUUGUUCCAGAGAGCACCCGCUGAUUAUUUAUUUUACGGUGCGUCUGGCGAGGCUUUCACAGAUCCAGUCGUGUGGCUCACUGCUCUGCUCACUGCCUGGACAGCUGUGUUGCCUUCAAUGACCUUCCUCGCCCUCAGUGUCAUCCAAAACAUCCACGGCAAACAUAAGGUUCACAGCAGAUCCCAUCAGCCAGUGGAACUGAGAUCACAGUUCGGAAGGAAGACUUCUCUUUGGCGUUCAUCAUUUGUCGUCGCUCAAGGACCUGUCUGAAGCACAGUCUUGGAUUCGGCAUGUAGGAAUUGCCGUAAAGGAACACAACAGUGGUGGAACUUGAUGGCCACUUGAAGAAACCAAAAAAUUACCACUGACCUUUGAGAAGACAAAUAUUGCAUUAUUGUAGAGCAGUGGUAGUUAAUUUUCUGUAGAGCCCACACUCACAUUAAAGACAAUUAUUUUCUAAUAAACUAUUGAAUUUAUGUACAAUGAAUUGUUUUAGGCCUAGGAACUGGGUCUCAAAUAUAAAUACAAGGUAAACUAA